GAGCUGGCGAGAAGACACCUCUGAGGCACGGGCUGCGACCGUGGCAGGGGCCGGGAGCGCAGCCGGCCGAGGGGCAGCCGGCCGCUAACUGCAGCGGUCCCCCAGCUGUGGACAAAAGCACCCAUCCGCGCCGCCACAUUGCUCUGGGUGACCUUCGCUGGGUGCAGAAUCCGCCCCUGCGCGCGUCCUCCUCCGAUGCUCUGAAGGCCCAGGGGCUGCGCUCCGAAGCCGAGGGAUGUCAGGCUGCAUCCGCGCGGGGCUCGCCUUUGUUUGCGCGUAACGGGCAGAGGCCGCCGAGGAUUCAUCUCUGCUUCAAGCCAGCACCUCUCCUCGGUUCUCAUGGGGACCACUGAAGCCACGCUCCGGAUGGAAAAUGUGGAUGUGAAGGAAGAACGGCAGGAUGAAGCUCUUCCCAGGCCACUCCCGGAAGAGACGGCGAUGGACCCACUUGGCAGCCCCACGGAAGACACGUCCUCCCCUCCCAACACGUUGAACUUCAACGGAGCUCAUCGGAAGCGGAAGACACUGGUCGCCCCGGAGAUCAACAUCUCCCUGGACCAGAGCGAGGGCUCCCUGCUGUCUGAUGACUUUCUGGACACUCCCGACGACCUGGACAUCAACGUGGACGACAUCGAGACCCCCGACGAGACCGACUCGCUGGAGUUUCUGGGGAACGGCAAUGAGCUGGAGUGGGAAGAUGACACCCCCGUGGCCGCCGCCAAGAACAUGCCCGGGGACAGCGCAGACCUGUUUGGGGAUGGUGCUGCGGAGGAUGGCGGUGCCACCAAUGGGCGCCUGUGGAGGACAGUGAUCAUUGGAGAACAAGAACACCGAAUUGACCUGCACAUGAUCCGGCCCUACAUGAGGGUGGUGACCCACGGAGGGUACUACGGCGAAGGUCUCAACGCCAUCAUCGUGUUUGCUGCCUGCUUCCUCCCGGACAGCAGCUCCCCCGACUACCACUACAUCAUGGAGAACCUCUUCCUGUACGUCAUCAGCAGUCUGGAACUGCUGGUGGCCGAGGAUUACAUGAUCGUCUACCUGAACGGAGCCACGCCCCGGCGGAGGAUGCCCGGCAUCGGCUGGCUGAAGAAGUGUUACCAGAUGAUCGACAGGAGAUUGCGGAAAAACCUGAAGUCCCUCAUCAUCGUGCACCCCUCCUGGUUCAUCCGCACGGUGCUGGCCAUCUCCCGUCCCUUCAUCAGCGUCAAAUUCAUCAACAAGAUCCAGUACGUGCACAGCUUGGAAGAUCUGGAGCAGCUCAUCCCCAUGGAACACGUGCAAAUCCCAGAGUGCGUGCUUCAGUACGAAGAGGAAAGGCUCAAGGCCAGGAGAGAGAGCGCCAGGCCGCAGCCCGAGUUCGUCCCGCCCAGGUCCGAGGAGAAGCCAGAGGCGGCACCGGCGGAGGGCAGAGGCACGGGCUGCCCGGACCGUGAGCGACCUCGGUGGUCUCGGCCCCUCGUCGCUGGACCCCGCCUGCUCACUGGUUAUGCAGCAGACACGGGCCAGCCCUUACUUGUAACAGAUGAAGAUGAAGCCGUGUCGGCCCUGCUGGGGCUCUCGACCAAAAGCCAGGGCUCCCCAGAUAGACAAAUCAUGCUAAGACGUCUCUCUUCCACAGAUGUGCGCCAGGUACAGAAGAUCAGGAGACGAGGCAGCCUGUUCCUGCACAACUCCAGGGGGCGCCACUGCCAUGAGGCCCCGGAGCUAAGCCACAUGGUGGCCCUGACCGAGACACUGGCCUGGAGCCAGGCCCCAUAA